ACCACUGUUCUGCAUGGUGCAACACAGAAAGGCGCUCAUGAAGAGCCCUCAGCUACAACCUCCACUGUGUCAGAACUUCAAGAAAAGCCCAAAGCCUACUGCCCUUAUUGCAAAAACACACUGCACUUCUUAGACCAAUGCAGCAAUUUCAAGAUCUUGACAAAAGACCAGAAGUCCACUUGGAUUAAAUCCAAUAAUCUAUGUUGGCGGUGCGGGCGGCAUCAUCAGGCUGCUCAGUGUCGACUUAAAGUGCAGUGUAAAAUAUGCCAAGGGAAACACCUUGAGGCCUUACAUGCGGUGAACCUAAGAGCCGCUGUACCUAAACCACCAACAGAACGAUCUACUGAGAUGGAGAGGUCAUCUACAGAUGUGCUCUAUUUAGACCGUCGAGCUGGCUGUAAUCAAGUACUGUUGAAGAUAAGCAAAGUGCUGCUGAAGAAUGGUAAACAUACAUUGGAGACGUUUGCCAUUUUGGAUGAUGGAUCAGAAAGAACAAUCCUUCUUCCAGAGGCUAAGCGAAAGCUUCACUUACAAGGCACCGCAGAGAGUCUCACCCUGCGAACAGUAAGACAAGGACUAAGAACUUUGCAUGGAGCAUCUGUGAAGGUCAAGGUCUCUUCAGCCAGCCAACCAUACAGAACCUUCUCUAUUGAGAGUGCUUUCACAGCUGAGGACUUGGGGUUAGCGGAACAUUCUUACCCUGUGGAAGCAUUAAAGAAAAGGUUUAAACAUUUGAAAAACGUCCCCUUAGAGCCAUUUACAAAUGCCAAGCCAUUACUUUUGAUUGGCUCUGACUGUCCUCACCUCGUCACGCCCAUAAAACCUGUCCGUUUGGGCCCACCUGGAGGUCCAGCUGCAGUCAAAACUAGAUUGGGUUGGACACUACAAGGACCAGUUCCCUCACCCCAGCAAACUGUGCAACCGCAGCAGUGUCUCUUCCUUUCAACCGUUUCUCCACAAGCAGAACUGUUCAGUCACAUUGAGAAGCUUUGGCAACUUGACACUCUACCAUAUCGAAGUGAGAAGUCAGUGACCCGAUCUCGAAAAGAAAAGGAAGCUGUGAAUCUGCUGGAAGAAAAAACGAUAAGAGUGAAUGUAGACGGAAUACACAGGUAUGCUACCCCCCUUCUUCGCGUCAGCCACAUGCCAACACUCAAAGUAUCACCUGAAGCAGUCCUGCCAAGUCUGCGCAGUACGGAAAAACGCCUCAGCAGAGAUCCAGAAAAGGCACGAGUCUAUCAAGCGGAGAUGACAAAGUUAAUAACAGCAGGCUAUGUCAGAGAAGUAACAGAAGAGGAAGUGAGGACAUCAAAAGAGUCAUGGUUCAUCCCCCACCACAUGGUAACACACAACGGAAAGAACCGUGUUGUGUUCAAUUGUUCAUUUACCUACAGAGAGAAGAACCUCAAUGUGCUGCUGCUACCAGGCCCAAAUCUGGGGGCCUCUCUUCUUGGCGUCCUGCUGCGCUUCAGAGAACACUCCACCGCCAUUAGCAGUGACAUCAAGGGGAUGUUUCACCAGGUAAGACUAUUACCUGAAGAUCAGUCAUUGUUACGUUUCAUCUGGCGUGACCUGCAGAGACAUACUUACCCUCAGGUGUACGAAUGGCAGGUGCUCCCCUUUGGGACAACAUGUUCACCAUGCUGUGCAAUCUAUGCACUUCAGAGACUUGUACAUGAAAACAGUAACCAGGGAGAUUAUGUGCGUGACUCCAUUGAGAAGAACUUCUAUGUAGACAACUGGCUGCAGAGCUUUCCAUCUCCUGAAGUGGCAAAAGACCAGGUGGAGAAAGUGCGCUCCCUAUUAUCAGAAGGAGGAUUUGACCUAAGACAGUGGGCCAGUAACACUCCAAGUAUCAUCAGCCAUCUGCCAAAGGAAUUCAGGUCAGAGAGCAGCGAGCAGUGGCUGAAUCAUACCGAUAUGGAUCCUCAAGAACCGGCUCUUGGUUUGCGUUGGAUGUGCAACUCUGACACUCUGCAGUACAAGUCCCGACAGAUGGGGAGCAGCUCUCCUACGAUGAGGAACAUCUACAGAGUUUUGGCCAGUCAGUAUGACCCCCUUGGUUUCCUUAUUCCUUUCACCACGAGAGCUAAAGUACUGGUUCAGCAGUUGUGGGGCAAAAACCGUGAAUGGGAUGACCCACUGUUACCAGGUGAGCUGCUCUCUACAUGGAUUGAAUGGGAAGAGGAGUUGCAACAGCUGGAGAACAUCAGUCUACGCCGUUGUUAUUCAAGCCCAGAGAUGGACAAAGCAGACAGUCAGCGAGAGCUUCACAUCUUCUGUGAUGCCUCCCAACAGGCAUAUGGCAGCGUGGCAUACUUACGAACACAAGAUGUUGCUGGAAACAUUGAAGUUGCCUUUCUCACUGCUCGCUCCAGAGUGGCUCCUAAGCGGCAGUUGUCUAUGCCACGCCUGGAACUAUGUGCGGCCCUGACUGUAGCUCAACUUGCCAGCCUGCUGACUAAAGAGCUCACUCUGCCAUUGUCCAGAGUUGUUUUGUGGACAGACUCUACAACUGUCUUAACAUGGAUUCAAUCUGACUCCUGCCGUUUCAAAGUAUUCGUGGGAACUCGGAUAGCUGAAAUUCAGGAACUGACAGAAAGCCAGUCGUGGAGAUAUGUGACGACUUCGGAAAACCCAGCAGAUGAUCUGACAAGAGGAAAACGGUUGCAGGACCUCACCAGUCAGUCCAGGUGGGCCUGUGGACCCUCAUUCUUGCAGCUGCCUUCAGAUCAAUGGCCAGAUCAUCCAUUUUUGCCAUGCGCAGAUUCAGAAGAAGAACAGCGAAGAUCCACAACUUGCUUAGCUGUUUCUACUGACCUGAAAACUCUGCCUGAUGCCCAACAGUUUACCAGUUUUGAUCAACUGGUGAAAGAAACUGCCAGGUGCCUUCACGGGGCGGCUGGUGACAACCUCACAACAGAGCAUUACAAAAAGGCUGAGCUUAGUCUUCUGAUAUCUGCACAAAGAGACAGUUUUCCUGAUGAGAUUCAGUGUCUGACAUCUGGAAAACCAGUCAGCUCCACCAGCCGUUUGGUUACAUUGUCUCCAGAGUUUGAUGAGUCACUUCAACUCAUCAGAGUAGGUGGCCGACUCAGACGUUGCCCUGAUUUGGAAGAAAAUGUGAUUCAUCCAGUUGUCAUGGACCCAAAACAUCCUGUAACCAGACUACUCAUUCGACAGGCUGACAGUGAUUUAAAACAUCCAGGAGCAGAGAGAUUAUUUGCAGAGGUGAGAAGAAAAUAUUGGAUUCUCCGGGGCCGUGAAGCAGUAAGGCGUGAACAGCGCUCCUGCCCCGAGUGCCAAAGAUGGAGAGCACAACCAAUUACCCCGAAAAUGGCUGACCUUCCUCUGUCACGGCUCAGACUCAACCAGCCACCAUUUUUCUCUACCGGUGUAGACUGUUUUGGGCCAAUGCAGGUGAAGAUUGGUAGACGGAACGAGAAACGGUGGGGCCUGCUAUUCAAAUGUUUGACAACUCGAGCUGUUCAUAUCGAGGUACUUUCAAGCAUUAACACAGAUUCCUUCCUGAUGGCUUUAAGAAGAUUUGUCUCUCGUCGUGGGAAACCAGCUGAGAUCUUGUGCGACCAGGGCACUAAUUUCUGUGGCGGAGAACGGGAGCUACGAGAAACAUUCAAUGGUUUACAUCCCACAUGAGAAGCUCAGCUGGCAGAACAUCAGAUAAAGUUUCGUUUCAACCCCCCGAAUGCUCCUCACUUUGGAGGAUCCUGGGAGCGCGAGAUCAGGUCCAUAAAAGUGGCUUUAACCUCUUCGCUGGGUUCUCAAGUAGUAAGUGAGGAAAUCCUACAGACUGUGUUGAUUGAGAUUGAGGGAAUACUCAACUCAAAACCUUUGGGUUACGUUUCAUCAGAUCUGGCUGACCCAGACCCCAUUACCCCAAACCUGUUGCUGAUGGGGCGGCUGGACCCUUCUCUGCCACAAGUGAUCUACCAUGACUCAGAGCUUCUUGGACGGCGACACUGGAAGACCUGUCAAGUGCUGUCUGAUCGAUUUUGGACUCAGUUCAUACGUCACUAUCUCCCAACACUGCAGACCCGUUCAAAGUGGCAGAAAGACACUUCUCCCCUUCAAUCAGGAACUGUAGUGAUGGUAGUUGAUCCCCAGCUGCCAAGGGCCUCAUGGCCUAUUGGAAGAAUCUGCAAGACAUUCCCAGGAGCUGACGGUUUGAUCCGUACAGCAGAAGUUAAAGUAAAGGACCGUACAUACAUGCGACCAGUGAGACGCCUCAUCCGACUACCUGCUGACGCGCAAACAAAUGAACAGUAAACCCUGCAGCAAACUUGCUGUGCAAGUUUGGGGGCGGCUGUUAUGAAGAGUGGUUUAAAGGCGUUGUUCUGAAGUUCGCCACUAGAGGGCGCGGCCGUUUUUUGAGUUAAUAAAUCAUAAUUUGUAAGCAGAGGUGAACAGAGGAGCAAAUGGCGAUGUUUCCAGAGCAAUUCAGUUUAAUUAGCUCGUGUGUGCGUCCAUGAGAGCGAACCACACACACAUAAACCCAAACCAGAAAUAUACAUGUGCUGGACUGUAAAGCCAAACGCAGAUUAAAAAAGGAACAGAAAAAGUCAUCCUCUGGUCUGUCAUUGCUUGGGAGAAUACACACACUUGACCAGUGUGCUCUCUGCGAUCAUCCAAAUCCGAAACCCUUAGUAAAGACUGAAGUCUUCA